UCAUUUGUGUCAUAAUUAGCUCCACUAGGACUGAUCGGUAAAGAGUAGCCGCUAAAUAAGAUACGUAGGGAGGAGGUAAAAUGCAAAUGAGGGAAAAGGGCGCCUUCCAGCCCAGUCGUGUUGCUGAGCACAUUUUAGAUCAAGGUGAAAAACGCAAUUCGCCAAACCCACUAUUUCUUGUGGUUUCAAGUACGGAUUAAACACCCAAAGUGAGGUGCCAGGCUGGAAAUCUUCGCCUUGCGGUUAGGAAUUACUGGCUAUUCUUUUUUUUACACAAGACUCCGUUAAAGUUUCAUACUUUGAGCAGAGAAACUACUCAGUUUUAAAGAUCCUCUCGAAUCAUAAUUAGUGAACUACGGAUACAGCAUUCCACCCCCCAACCCAGUACUUACGGUGAAAUUUAUUCGGACUUCUCUCAUGCUUCUGCCGUCAAGAAAGCCGACGUUUUAAACAGAUAUAACAUAUCUGCUUACGAAAGCCACAUUAAUACAAGCAGGAAUCCGCCAAACGGAGAUACUACAUUGAAGCAACAUCGCCUCCAAGUGUUCAUUUUAUUGAAUUAGCGUCGGUGUUAGGAGUGUAGAAUCAGACUAGAAUACGUAGGCUAUCCGUAUACAAAACGACUAUGAGCAUAAGUAUUCAUUGGCAAGGAAUCCUCAUUGUUAAGAAAGUGUAUAUAAAUGUAUGCCUAUAUUACUACGAACGUGUAAAAAAGAGAUUCUCAGUAUUACGAAAAUAAAAUUUAAGUUCAAACAUGACGGUGACGUACGUGAUAGCAACAGUAAUAUAUUACAAAUGUCGCCUGUUAAACUGCAGUCUUAUUGCAUAAUAAUAAAUCAAAAUGCUUUAUUAAAAAGCUAAAAUUAUAGCUCUAAAAAGCUUGGAAACCUCGGGAAAUAGGAAAAGUAUUGAAAUUAUAGGCAACCUACCGUUGAUUAAAUUUUUCAGUAGAAAUAAAUCAUCACCAUUUCUAUGUAAAUCUAAUAAAAUAUAGCCGAAUCUUGAGUUUUAAUUCAAUUUGAACUCACUUCAAAUAAAACAUUUAGAAGAAUAUAAGUAGUUUCUGAGACCAGGAGUUUUAUUAGAAGGAAACGUUAAUUAUAGUAGGGGUUAUUGUUUUUUUCUCUAAGGUUUUGCUAAUGAUUAUAUUAAUUGGCCCCAUGUGGCUACCGCAACAGGCAAAGGAAACACUUAAAGUCAGCUGGAGAAGCAACUGUCAAUCAAACUGUACCUUUAUAAAUGCGCAUCUAGAGCCCGCAGCAUCAUCCCGCACGAUAGACCCAUCGCCGAGGAGCGGGGCUGCGAGUCGCUUAACUAAAUACCACAAUUAAUCGUAAGAUUCUAACUUUGAAAUAAUAAUCACCGUCUUUUUUUCUUUCGUUCAUUUGAAGUAUAUUGGAUCUGCAGCUGAUACAGAAUGGAUAAACUGCAAAAUCUUAACUCAAGUAAUGAUAACAGCACCACUGACACAGAGUCGUUUACCGAGUGGGAUUCUUAUCAACGACUGAACUCCCGGGAACUCAAAAUGCUCAUUCCAGUUAUUCUUGGGAUCAUCUGUGUCCUGGGUUUUGCUGGAAACCUCACGGCUAUGGGGGUGCUCCUCACUAAUGCCCAUAAGGGUAAACUGUCUCUGAUCAACUCCCUCAUUCUCAACCUCAUGUUUGCCGAUGGUCUGGUGCUGGCUUUUACAGUCCCCUUCAAGGCUGCCGCAUUCUCGCGAGCUAGCUGGACGCUGGGAUGGUUCGUGUGCAAGACUUGCGAUUGGUUCCUGCACUCCUGCAUGGCAACUAAGAGCUUCACUAUCGCCAUCAUGGCUAAAGCCUGCUACAAGUACGUGAGCAACCCCAUGAAGCAGGUGAGCAUCCACUACAAAACCGUGCUGGUCAUCUUGUCCUUCUCCUGGCUGUUGGCUUGCGUGAUUGCAGUCCCCCAGUGGCUAUUUGCAGUGCUUCAGAAAGAUGGCGACAGAAUGGUCUGCAUCCAAGUCAUGCCACCCAACACUCACAGGUUCAUGUCUGUGUACAUCAAGGCGUACCCCCUGGUCACCUUUUGUGCCCCCAUCAGCUUUGCCCUGCUCUACUUCUGGAGGGCGUAUGGCAGGUGUCAGCGGCGUGGUAGCAAGACCCAGAACCUCAGGACACAAAUACGCUCCAGGAAACUGACACUCAUGCUCUUCAGCCUGACAGUCACCACAGCAACUAUGUGGCUGCCACAGUGGGUGUCCUGGGUGUGGAGGCACCACGUUAUGGAAACCAAGGCCCCAUCGCCGCCCCUUGUCUUCACGCUCUCCUCCCAGCUGCUGAUGUUUUCCAUCUGCCUGAUUAACCCGAUGAUUGUCCUCUCGCUGUCCGAGGAGUUCCGUGAGAGCUAUAAAGGACUGUGGCGAAGACUGACUCUCCGAAAACACCCGCCCAAGCCCAAGCAGGGGCCACACACACCUACGGCUCAGAAGUGCCCCUGUCCCAGACCCGAAACCGCUGGAGGACAACCACUUCCCCACAAGUCUGGCCCAGCAGAGGAGACCAAGCCGGACCAGGAUGUAGAGCACAGCUGCACAGACGCUGAGAGUCCAGCCAACAAGGAUGGCAUCGUCCUGCCAGACGUGGAGCAGUUCUGGCAAGAGCGUGAGACAAACUCGCUGACUGACGUGAACGACCCAGUGCCCUGGGAGCACCAGGACCUAGCAGAAGUCAAAAAAUAAAAUGCGCAGAAUUGCCACAGGCAACUGCAACACUGGCCAGGGUUUAUCACACCGACUUUAAAACAUGCGAACAAAGGCAGCGGGUACAACAAAGUGACCUCGUAGAGCUGUGCUUUACCAAACGACACACACACCCAGGUAUUGCUAGAGUAGCUUUGGAUUUGUUCUUGUUGAGAUUUAAGAUGUAACUUGUUGACUAUUUUCACUGUGAUUUUGUCUGUGAUUUUAAAUACGUUUAUGUAAGACUUGACAAAAAUCAACCCAUUCAGCAAAAUUGAAGAAUCUCUCAAAUGAAUCCUUCGUUACACCCACCAUCUUACAGUGGGCCUGCCAAUUUGUCAUGAUAUAUAAAACCUACUGUAAAUAUUACACAUACAGCUGCUUAUCCAGUGUUACAAAUUAUUGUAAAUAAUCAUUUUCACAUUUAUAUAUGUUACAUAUGAUAGGAACUGCUCCCAAGAACGGUGUAGAAAUAUUUUGGAGGGGAGGGACACGUAUUAGUAAGAUUCUGUGCAUGGUCCUGAAACUAUAGUUUUGUAAAAGUUUUUUGCUUGUAAUAAAAGUAAA